CUCAGUGUGUGUCUGUAGAUUGACGGUCGAGGCCUCGAUUGCGCUGCCUUUCGUGCAAGCCCGACAAAAAGAGAGAUAGCACUCCCUGCGUGUGUCUCAAUUCUUGUUGCCGCAGGCUGCAGGAAAGCCAACGGGCUGCCGAGGCGACGAAGAGACACGUGUCUCUCUCUGUUCCUAAACUAUUGUAUCAUCGCCCAUGAAGCACCCAGCCAGAUUUGUACAGCACAGGUUACUACGCGCCGCCUUGUCUCCCACUCAGCGGCAGCCCCUCCUCCCUCUGGCUUGGUAUGCAAGCACACGGGCAGGCAGGCAGGCAGGCAGGCAGGGAAAGAGAUAUGGAUCUGGGCAACGACUGACCGACCCCCAACUUGCAGCCCUUUAGUGACACCACAUGCAGCCAGCGUCUCACUGCGCUCCAUCUCUGCCGACGCACGUACGUACGCAGGUACAGUACACCCAGCUCUCAUCUCUGUCAGGGUAAUCGAAAUUGCGGCAGCCAGAUGGCCGACAGCCUUCGAAAAGCAUAACUGCACACACACAGAGAGACAGACAGACAGACGAGGUUGGUUGUGGGGUCCCUGCCUGCACGCUUGUAUGAAUGAUGCGUGUACCUGAAGAAAUCAAAGUCGAUAGGUGAGUGGACUGUCUGUAUGAUGGCCCACAACCCUACGCGCACAUCAAACACACGCAGAGACACACACACACCUGUGGAAGUCGAAACCAAGAGGCGAGUGGACGGCCUGCUGGAUGGCGUGCAGCCCUGACUCAUCCAUCCAUCCAUCCAUCCACCCCCUGCCGUGCCGUGUGUGUCUCUCUCUCUCUCUGUGUGUGUGUGUGUGUGUGUACCCCAGAAGAGGUGUGAAGCGUUGAUGUACGCCUGUGUCUCCUCCCAGACGCUCUCGACGUCACUGUCGCUGGUGGAGGCCGCGCAGCCCUCACUGUUGUUGUUGGUCUGGUACCUCACCACACUCAGAUACUCCCUGGUGGCAUGCCAGGGAGGGACACACACACACACACACGCGCAUCCGGGGCAGUCUAGGCGCCGCGCCCGAAUGCUCUCGCUCUUGGUCACCCACAUCACCUCACCCACCUGAUGAAAUCGAUCUGCUGCUCUUUGGAAGGAUAAUUCUCCCAGUCGCAGUCGAAACCUGACAACCCCACAGCAGACAGGUCUUUCUUUCUCCACCUGUCUGUCUGUCGACACCGCUCGCUGUCCAUUUAUCUCACCGACACACUCGUUGAAGUGGUUGGCGAUGUCGAACCCCCUCUCAGUCGCCGCGCAGUACUCAAAAUCGAUAAAGUCAACCGAACCUGUGCACACACACACACACACAUAUACAGAGAGAAAGGGCAACACAUAUCCGCAUUAGGCAGGCCAGGUGACAGGUGGUCGUCUGGCUGACCGUCUUCGAACAGGAAGACGUUGCCACACAGGAGAUCGUUGUGACCCACAACCUGCGUUCGCACAAGAACACACGACCAGCAGACAACACAGACGCAUGACGGACUGGUUGAGAAGGACAAAGUAGUCGCCUCACUCGUACCACAGGGCUGCGGAAGCUUGACGUCUGCGCCUCGAUCCGAUGCAUCUCCUGUGCACACACACGCACAUGCACACGUACGAUCCCGUGUGUCGUGUCUGCUAUUCGUCCCUUUCUUUGUGUGUAACCUUUUCGAUGGCAUUGAGAUCGAAGAUGAGGAUCUUCGCCGACUUGGCAUAGUCGGCAUCGCCCGCAUGCACACGCGACACCGCAUCGCGACACCUGACCCAAUAAAUAACCCACACACCAACACCAACACAGGCGCAUUGUCUGGCUCACCAACAACCGAACCGCUGCUGUUUUCCGAUGCCCUUGCUUACUGCUGCAGCCACUUCCACAGCUGGGGCCACAGAGUGGAGCCUGAUACGGGCCCGUUCCUGUCCCCCUUGCGGCCGUCGGUGUGCAUCAUGAAUGGCGGGAUGGGGAGGGAGUGGAGGGCCGCCACACGAUGGGCGAUCUUCCUCGCGAUGUCGGGACUCAUCAUCUCCGACGGCGGCUCGAACGUGCGGCCCUCUAGCCACUCCUCCAGCUGACCAUUCUGAGGCACCACAGACAGUGCAUUCAUGCCUGCCGUGUGAAUGUCGCUGUGAGCAGCGCACCUGCAGUCUGACAUAGAUGUGUUUCCCGAUGCCGUGUGAGGCGAGGUAGUCGACGCACCGCCGCUCCUGCUCGCGAUCGAUGAUCUCCUCCGUCUUGGGACCUGACGCCCGACACACACACACACGCUCUGAAUGUCCGGUGGUUGUGUUGGUCUCCCACCACGCAUUCACCGAAUAUCCUCGCGAGGCAGGCCUUGGCCGGGUCAUUGGUCUUGAAGACCUUGAGGAGCGUGUUGGUAAUGCCGCCUUGCACCACCAAAUGGCUCAAUUCAUCCACACACCCCUGCACAACUCACACACGGGAACUCUCUCAGACCAAAGCAUCUGACUUACAGGAUCUUCCUCCCUUUUGCUCUGUCUGUCUGAACAGUCCUCUGCCUUCUUCGGUUGCUCACCGGCUGUCCCACUUGCAGCGGCGUCAGCUCGAAUGCCCUCCUCUUGGCGCUGUCGAUGAGUUCAUCUAGCGACGUGCCGCGCUCGAAGCACAGAUCUUCGCGGUCAGCAGGAAACGAAGGCGUCCGGCGCAUCUCUUGC